UCUGGGCUAGAGUUACAGAAACUCUAUUGUCUCGUUCUCCAGAAAUCCUUCUCCAAGGAAAAGCAGAAAAUGAAACUGAUAUUAUCGAUGUUUACAAAACCUCAUUCUUCAUCACAACAAUCACUACCAAACCUCUUAAAAAGUGGUUUCACUCCUACACUUAAAACCUCUAAUAACUUUCUCCAUUUCUUUUACAGAACCCACAAAUUCAAUUAUCUCAUCCAUUUCCUCUCUCAAAUGAAAUCAAGCAACAUUACACCAAACUACCAAACUCAUUCAAUCAUAAUCAAAUCUCUUCUCAAAAGAAAUAAAUUCCAAGAAACAGAAACUUUUAUAAAAACCCUUAAAAAUCAAAACUUUGUGCCUGAAAAGGGCGUUUUUGAUUCAUUAGUUCAAGGUUUUUGCGUUUAUGAUAAGAAUCCAGGAAAGGGUCGUUGCGUUUUGAUGGAUUGCUUGAGAAAUUAUGGUAUGAAGCUUUCUCAUUCUACUUUUAAUUCUUUGAUUCAUAGUUUUUGUCUUAAUGGUGAUAUGAGUAGAGCAAUUGAAGUCUUAGAAUUGAUGAUUAGUAAUGAAUUUAAGUACCCAUUGAACGAUUUGGUUUGUAGUUCAGUGAUUUCUGGGUUUUGUAAGACUGGUAAACCUGAAUCUGCACUGGAGUUUUACAAAAAUGUGGGAAAAAUUGAAAGUUUGGGUUGUCGUGGGGGAAAUGUAGUAAUGUAUACUUGGCUUGUGAAUGCUCUUUGUAAAGAAGGUAGAGUUGAUGAAGUUAGUGAGUUGGUUUGUAAAAUGGAGAAGGAAGGAGUAGUUUUAGAUGCUGUGUUUUAUAGUAGUUGGAUUUGUGGGUAUUUUAAAGAAGGGGUUUUGAACGAAGCGUUUAGAAAACAUAUAAUGAUGAUUGAGAAUGGAGUAAAUCCGGAUACGGUUAGUUAUACGAUUCUUAUUGAUGGCUUCACGAAAGAAGGUAAUGUUGAGAAGGCUAUUGGGUUCUUGAAUGAGAUGAAAAAAGAUGGUUUGGAACCUAAUUUGGUUACUUAUACUGCGAUUAUGCGCGGUUUUUGUAAGAGAGGGAAAUUGGAUGAGGCAUGGAGAGUGUUCGAGAGAGUGGUAGAGUUGGGGAUUGAAGUGGAUGAAAUGACUUACUCGACUUUAAUUGAUGGGUUGUGUAGAACAGGAGAUUUUGAUAGGGUUUUUCGUUUGCUCGAAGAGAUGGAGCAGAAGGGGAUCAAUGUUGGAGUUAUCACGUACAAUACUGUUAUUAAUGGGCUAUGUAAAGUUGGGCGAACAUCUGAGGGAGAGGUGAUUUCGAAAAGUACGGAAGGUGAUUGUUUUACGUAUAGUACCUUGUUACAUGGAUAUAUUCAAGAAAAUAACGUGGUGGGAGUGUUGGAAACAAAGAGGAGACUAGAAGAGGCUAACAUAAGUAUGGAUGUUGUAAUGUGUAAUGUUUUAAUAAAGGCGUUAUUUCUGCUAGGAGCAGUGGAAGAUGCUUACUUGAUUUAUAAGGGAAUGCCCGAGAGAGGAUUGGUGUCUAAUUCUGUUACUUAUUGUGCACUCAUUGAUGGUUAUUGUAAAGCAGGUAGAAUUGAUGAAGCACUCGAGAUUUUUGAUGUAUAUAGGAGUUCUUCAUCCGACUUUAGUGAUGACAGUUAUAAUUGUAUGAUAUUAGGACUUUGUGCUAACUGUAUGGUAGAUAUGGCUAUUGAGGUGUUUGUUGAACUCAUAAACAAGGUUGUGUGUCCUGAUCAAGUGACAUAUAGGACAUUGAUUAAAUCGAUUCAUAAGGAAAGGAAUGGAGAAGGAGUUUUGGAGUUUCUUCAACGGAUUGGGGAUAUGGAGCCAGAUAUAUAUACUUCCGUGUGCAAUGAGGCUAUUCAUUUUUUAAUCAAAAAAGGUUCUUCAGAAGCAGCAUUUGGCAUGUACUUGAUAAUGAGGAAGAUAGGCUCUAGUGUGGCAAGCAAGGGUUACUAUUUAAUACUCAAAAGUUUUUUUGCUGAUCAAAAUAGAAUACUGGCGCCACUGGUGCUCAAUGCAUUUCUCAAAGAAUAUGGAAUUUCUGAACCAAGAAUAAUUAAAAUAGUUGUUCGACACUUGUCUGGAAAAGAUGUAAAAAAAUGCCUUCAUUUUCUUGACAGGAUGAAAAAGAAGCACACUUGUAUAACUAUUCCUACAACGGUCUUCGAAGAUCUUAAGAAACAAGGUAGAGUUCUGGAUGCCCAUAAGCUAAUUAAAGAAGUGGAUGGUACUCAAACAGUUUGUGAUUUAUUUGGUUAUUCAAUAGUAGUUGAUGGGCUUUGCAAAGAAGGAUUUCUGAACAAGGCCUUAGAUCUUUGUGUUACCAUGAGAAAGCAUGGGAUACCUCCGAAUAUUGUCAUUUACAAUUCAGUGAUAAAUGGUUUGUGUAACCAAGGUUGUUUUGUUCAAGCGCUUAGGAUUUUUGAUUCGCUAGAGAAAAUUGAUUUGGUUCCAACUGUUAUAACUUAUAAUACACUUAUAACUGCUUUAUCAAAAGAAGGAUACCUUCAAGAUGCAAAAAAGCUGCUCGAGAAGAUGAUUUUUCAGGAGUUCAUUCCAAACACUCGUGUUUAUAAUUCACUGAUUGAUGGCUACUGCAAGUAUGGGUUGUUAGAUGAAGCUUUGGAGCUUCUUUCACAUUUUGAGAAGAGUUUCUGUAAACCAGAUGCGUUUACUAUUAGGGCUCUAAUUGAUGGUUGUUGCAGAAAAGGAGAAAUGGAAGUGGCUCGAGAAUUCUAUUUCGAAUUCAAAGAGAAGGGAAUUUUUCCCGAUUUACUUGGUUUUAUCUAUCUGAUAAAAGGACUUGUUGUGAAGGGAAGAAUAAAGGAAGCCAGUGAAGCAUUGGAGGAUAUGCUUCAAAUACAAUCCAUCAUCGAGCUGAUAGAUAGGAAAGUUAGUGGAAUUAAAAACGAAUCAAUUGUAAGUUUUCUGGUGUUUUUGUGUCAACAAAAAAGAAUUGAAGAAGCUUCUGAUGUCCUUUAUGAAGUUGGGUCCGUGGCUUAUCCUUGUAAGAGGUCUCAUGUAUCAACAAAUCUAAAGGUGUUAUAUGAUACGGAGGCUCAAAGAAAGGUUGGGUCUUUCACUCCCCAUGUAGUCAGUAUGGAUUCAUCAUCUUUGAAUUUAGAAAAAGUGGAUAAUUUAAAAAAGCAGUGUUGGUCGGAUGACUUUGAGGCUUGUUAUUCUCUCAUUGCAUCACUCUGUUUAGAAGGGGAGAAAGAAAAAGCUAACAGGGUAGCAAAAGAAAUGCUAUUACAUGCUUAAGCAACUUAUUGAUUAGAGAACUGCGUGAUUAGUUACUCUUUAUCCUCGGUCUUCGGAAAGUUUGCACUGGCCUUGUCUUUGCUGAUGCCGCCAAAAGAGGAGUUGGUGAGUGGGUAUCGUCUUCUUGUGGAGUCGCUUGCAAUUCAAUCUACGAGGGGCUACCACCAAUUCCUACCAGGGAAUGUACUGAUGCUGAGAUCGCAGCUUGUGGUGUCAUUAGAGAUAUCUUGCAGACACCUCCUAUUGAAACGAAGACACCAAAACUUGCUCAACUCCAGGCACAUUACCUGUUGAAAAGCUAUGAGAUAAAAGUUCUUCGAUGAAGAGUGGCUGAGUGGGUAUUGUCUUCAGCAGGAGCAUUCUCUAACUGGAAGCCCAUGCUGAAGUCAUUUGGAAGCCACACUACCUCAAAAAUUUGCUUGAGAAGACGAUAUUCCAGGAGUUCAUGAAUGGUUGAGAAAUAUGCAAUCCUGAUUGUUUAUAUUCACAUGAUAUUGGCACAAAAGAAGAUAGUUUUAGUAAAGAUGAUAGAAGAUUGGCUUAUGCAAGGAAUAGAGCACAGCAAAAUAUAGCUAAUACAAAUCAUUUCUGUCAGCGUUCAGGAAGUAUGCUACCUCCAUCUUCUGAUGAUUUCUUCAUUGCUGAGACUGCAUCUAGCAAAAUCAAUACCCAAAAGUGUGGCAAAUAUAAGUUAUUGUAUAUUCCUGCGCCUCAGCCACAGAUCGAAACUUCUCCUCCUAAUAGCAGCAGCUCUGGUAGAUCUCAUGUGCUUCCAGCUGCAGCUUUUUGGGGUUUACACAUUUCCAAUGGUCGGCAGCCAACUAUAAGUUUGUCUUAUUCUGAUGGAUCUGCCAAACAAAAACUGAUUGUUCGCUUUCCUCUAUAGUUGCAAUCUCAACACAGGCAUCUUUGUUGCAUAAUGGUGCAGGAAAAAGAGCCGUAAUAAACUGAACCAGAUAGCAAUGCAAAGGUUAUGUGUGUUGUAACUCCUGCUUCCACGAAUUCGGAUAACCACGUAGCUAAAAAGGUUAUGUAGCAUAGUCAGAUGGGAGUCACAAUGCCACCAAUGGAAAAUCAGGUGUUCAGGGGUAGUGUGAUGGGAAUUCAAAUGCGAACAGAUAAUACACCAGGUGUAGAACAGAUUGUGUUGCAGAAGAAUGGUACAGUUGAUAAUCUAUGCUCUGGAAUAGACGUUAUGAUCACCCAUCUCACUGUCCUCGAGGUAAACUAUUACUCCAGAUUGCGCGUCAAUUUCACAAGAAAAAUCUGAUAGGAGUCCGGAGUUACCCUCACAAGUGAUACCAGAAGUGAACAACAAAGUGAAAGAGUUAUCAGCUUUCCAUGAGCAAAUUUUGAAGUUUUCAGAACUUACAAAUCCAUCAUAUAUAUUCGUUUAAUUUGUUUCAAAAUCUCAAAUCAUUGUAUUGGCCAUUGUUUCACCUUGGGUGUUGUUUGUUGUACGAGUAAUCUAACUGUACAUACGAUGAAGUAUUGCCAUUUGCACAUUUCUUAGAAUCCAGUGGACUUGAAGUGAGAUUUUACUAUUCAAGCCUGCCCAUAUCUUUC